AUGCUCGCGGCGUCGGAAUCGCCGUCGCACAAUGCAUCGUCGACUACAAAAUCUUGUUCCGGGGCGAGUGGCCCGAUACGCCCGAGGGGCAGCAACAAACGCCAUCAGCCUACGAGAUGUCACACAAAAUGCGCUUGGAGGAUUCGCGAAGUGCUCAAGAAGAACGGUGGCAUCUACAUCAAAGUCGGUUAACCCAGUCGAUUCAUCUCGAUUUGUCUCGUUGCUCUGCUGAUUUUGUACCACGCCGAGUCCUGUGCAGCUUGGGCAACAUCUGUCGUCGUCCAGCUGAUUCCACUACCGUGGUCUCAAGCAAUGAUCCCUCUUCAAGACCAGUGCAAAGCGACACCCGGCUCGCCGAAUUGCAACAGCUCUUCCUCGACGAUGCAGGCGCUCCCUCUCCGACCUUCUUCUCCUCGUUCGAUCCAAACCCCAUCGGGGUCGCUAGCCUGGCCCAGGUCCAUCGCGCCCAUCCUCCGUGAUACGGGUGAACAGAUCGCUGUCAAGUUAUGCAUCCCGAUCUCGAGUAAGUUCAAUGCACGCAAUCUUGAUUGAUAGCUUUCUGCCGAGCUCAUUCCAAUGAUGUGGUCCCCCGAAAUCAAUCAGAGAAUUUUCCCAAAUUGACAUGAAAACCACGACUUUGAUGCUCCGGGUCGUCAAGAGCAUGUUUCCUUCGUUCGAAUUCACCUGGCUGGGCGAAGAGAUGGAAGAAAACUUGCCGCUGGAGAUGGACUUCAGUGAGGCACUCCGCCCAUUGGAUUCGCAGCAGAGGUGGUGCAACUGGCUGACGCUGGUCGUUUGAACUUUAUCCAGGGCACGAAGCUGCGAACGCGUCGAGGUGCCAAGCCGAUUUUUCGGACUUGAAAACGACAAGCCUAGUCAUUCCAAGGGUCAUCUGGGCGAAGAAGAGGGUCAUGGUGAUGCAGUUCAUCGAGGGUGCUCGAAUCGACGAUCUUGCGUACCUCGAGGCGCAUCAAAUCGACCGGAAUGAGGUGUCGAAGGAACUCUCAAGGAUAUUCUCAAGAAUGAUCUAUAUAAUCGGGUACGCCUAUUCUAUCGCAUGUCGCUCAUCUUCUCUUCCAAGUUAUUUUGGGAUGCUGCUAACCAUCAUCCAGGUUCUGCUUACCGUUCAAAGGUUCUUCCACGCCGAUCCUCACGGCGGCAACUUGCUGAUCCGCCCUGCCCAGCCUGGGAGUCGGUCGCGCAGUAAUUUUGAAAUCGUGCUUCUCGAUCACGGUACGACGGCUUGCUCCAUGACCUCUUACCAGAUGAUCUGCAUAUGUCUUACGCCGACCUUUUCUGCCUCCACAGGUCUUUACUUUGAAAUGGACUCCCCGCUCCGCGUGGCUUACGCGCGGCUAUGGCUCGCGCUCAUCUCCCCAUCCUCCCCGAAAGUCGAGGCCGACCGACGGAAAUAUGCCUACUUGGCCGGCAACAUCGACGACGAACUUUACCCCAUUUUCCAAGCCGCAAUCACGGGGCGAGCCGCACUGGAUGACCCUUACGCGGUCCGAGGGGACGAAGGAGGCAAGAAGGGUUCGGUGAUGGAGUUAGGAGAGCAGCACGCUGGAUGA